GUGGACCGUUUUUUAAAACCCUGGUAUGGACUGCAUCCCACUUCCUCCUACUACACUUUGCCGGUGUAUCAUGUAGUACCUUGUUAUUAUGACUCAUACUGUAUAAAUGUCGCAAUCAGAAAUGCCAUGAAAGAUACUUUGCCUUUGAUGGGAAAGAAGAGAUUCCACCUCAUUGAUUUCCCCCUCCCAGAUUUUUUGAAUGAUAGGACAUCGGCUUUGAAAAAUUACCGAAUUCAGACUGUGAUCCCCUAUCCGUCCGUGUAAGUCACCCUUUCUAAAAAAACAUGUAAAUCUCGAAUCUGAAAUGAGGUGCUUCGCUGGCGAAUUGAAUAUAAAGUUUGAUCAGUUGAAAGUGUUGUAUGGUAGUAGUUUGGGAGAAUUGGAUGAAUCUGAAUUGGAUUUUAAAAGAAGAGAGGAUGAAACUGCACUGGUCUUCUAUAAUCUGAACCUUCACAAGUUGCUAAUAGAUACAGAAGCAAUGAAGAGAGAGUUUGAAAGAUUUAGGAACAUAAAUCCAGCUCUUGUAUUCAUGCUGGAGUUUUAUGUCGAUCAGAAUGAGUCCAAUUUCUUGACAUUUUCGGAGGAUUCUUUUCGUUAUUACUCCGAUAUAAUUGAUGAUUAUGGGGAUCUAAUUCAAAGUGAAUUUGAGUGGAUGCUGAACAUAUACACACAGGAAGGCGAGGAUCCAAUUAGGCGACAUAAAACUUUGACCGAAUGGCAAAAGAUUCUCUCAAUGGCUGGCUUUCGCCAAGUUCCGUUAACCCCCUCAGACGAUGACCUACGUUGGCCAGCAACAAUGCGCGAGGAAAAUGGGUGUUUGAUUUUAGGUUGGGAACAACGCCCAACGUUUUUCUUGUCGGCGUGGAAACCCCAAGUUGAAGAUGAGCAUUUCAAUUGCAAUCUCAAUAGCCAUAAGCUCGGACCAGGUUUCAAUUCAAAUUCUCUGCUGGACAGUACGAUACCACCUCUUCAACCUUUUCCAGAGGGUUGGGCACUGAAUCGAGUAGCUUCUUUUGCUGAGAUAUAUGACAUAUUAAAAGAUUUAUGUCAUAAAUAUGAUAUUCCAUUGGCUUUAACAUGGGAUUCUAAGGUUAUUGGUAAGAAUGAAAAGACGUCAUAUCCAUUCAAGAAUCGUACAAUGUUAAUCCAAAGGAAUUCUUGUUACGUGAAAGAUUGGAACUCUUAUGCAUUUAUGAAAGGAUACGGAAAAGCAAUAAAUAUUCAUAAGAUCUGGGCUCUAUCCAUUGUUGAGAAAGCACUUGAAUCAAGUGAAGGGUUCUAUUUCCAUCCAAGUAUUCGAAACUUCUAUAUGGAAAAUAAAGAAUUUCUUAUUCAAACUGAAACUUGUGGAAUCGAUGCCGCUGUUGCUAUCGUUCUCCGGAAUUAUUAUUCAAAUAAAGUUUAUGUAGUAGAAUUCUAUUGGGAGUGUGAAAUAUCAGGACCUCUGGCAUAUCGUAUCUUUGAAGAGUUGAAAAACAUGUAGAACAAGUUUGUAACGGUAGCCGUUCAAGACACUGAAGUAAACAUUCAAACAGUUGAAGAAGCAAGGGAUGUUCAUGCUGGAAAAAUAAAU